AUGGCUAGUGAAGGAGUGAUUAUUGAUUUCUCACAAAAUAAAAAUGCAAAUGGAGGUCUUACUACAACUUAUUAUGAUUCUACCGGAAGUAGUAAGACCAUUACUAUUACAAGAUCUGAAGAACCUCUUGGAUCUAACUUCUACAAGUACACUCAUUCUGAAGCAAAUGGACAACCAUUCUUACUAAAGGCAAUCCAAGGUGAUGAUGGCAAGCAUACUAGCGGGAUUCCUAUGAACAAUAGCGUCUCAUCUGUUUCUGCUUAUUACUGGAAGUAUGAUAAUGGUGAUAGUGGUCUACCUACAAAGGCUCUUAUGGUUAAAGUAGUAGAAACUGGAAAGACGACAUACUAUAGAAAGAGUAAUAGUGAUAAAGAUUGGAUUGGUCCACUUGGCGCUAACUCUACACCUCCGCUCAUCAAUGGUGAUCUUGAAAGGACACUUGACGACCUAGUUUGUUCGACCUAUAAUGAAGUUAUAGUAGACCUUAGUAAGAGUGUGUCCUUUAGUAUAUCCACAGGCCAUAAAAAGCCAUAUUGUUGCCGUUGUCAUGGUAAAGACAAGGGUGGUAGUGAUCAGCAGAAGAUCACUGUUGAGCGAAAGAAUGUUUCUUGUACACAUAAAAACUCUGUUACUAUUUGCAAACAUUCCAUUGACGGUAAUUAUAAGCUUGCAAAUAUAAGGUACUACCUCAAUGGUCCUCCUGACACUUAUACUAAUGAUCCCAGUAGAAGAAGACGUAUAAAGUCCAGAAAGUUACAGUUUCCCAUGGAUGGUGUAAAGGCUGUUUAUGCUUUCUACUGCAAUCACAAUCCAGUUCUUAUUUAUGUUAAAGGAGAUAGGCAAAACAAGUGGUAUCAGAAGCCUGCUAGUAAUGGUGCUACAGAUGAACACUGGACCGAAGUUGAGCUCAGUGGCAUAACACCCAGCAAUUUCAGUAAACUUGAAUGUGAAAAAUAUAACAAACUUAUUGAGGCACUAGGAAGUGCUGGAUGUGGAAGCUUGCCAAAAUGUACUGUUCCUCCUCCACUGCCACCACCUCUUCCUGCUCAAUCUGGCCAAACUGCUGCUACUCAAGCUCAACCUCUUUCUCCUGCUACUGCUGCUAAGGCUCCUGAAAAACCUGCUGAAGCUCAAACUCAACUUCCUGAUUCUGAACCUACUUCUGAUUCUCCUCCUCCUAAAGGUGCUAAAGAAUCUGCUCCUGGAGAAGGUACUUCUGAACCCCUUCCUCCUGAAAAAUCCGCUGUUGUUGCCGUUCCUGCUGCUACUAUGACUUUAGGAUCAAUAUCUGGCAUAUCCUCUGCUACUGUAGUUUCUGGCUCUCUUACUGGAUUUGGCUGGUGGAUGUUUAAACGUUCUAAAGGAGAUCCCUGGGGUAUACAUGUACAUCCCAUGGAGAAUUAUGAACAAACUACCAUGUAA